AUGGGCCUCCCUACAGUGGUUGGAAGAUCAAAGUAUAAUUCUUUUAGGAGUCUGAAGGAAAAGAUAUGGAAGAGAAUAAAUAGUUGGAAAACAAAAUUCCUAUCUACAGCAGGUAAGGAAGUCUUGAUAAAAAGUGUCCUACAGGCUAUUCCAGCAUAUGCCAUAAGUGUCUUCAAGUUACCAAAUCUGCUGCUAAAAGAGAUUGAAGCAUUGUUGGCCAGAUUUUGGUGGAGCCAUAAAAGAGAAGGGAGAGGUAUUUACUGGAAAACUUGGAAGUAUUUGGGUUCAGUAAAAAAUCAAGGGGGCUUAGGCUUCAGGGAUCUCAGUUGCUUCAAUAAAGCACUUCUUGCUAAACAAUUGUGGAGGUUUAUGAAGGAACCAAAUCUUUUAGUCUCUCGGGUUUUCAAGCAGAAGUAUUUUCAACAUAGUGAUCUUUUGGAGGCCAAACCAAGAGGUUCACCCUCUUUGUGUGGAGAAGCUUAUGGUCCAGUCUGGGAUUGA